AUGACCACCCCCAACCCCUCCCUCGCCACCAACCGCGCGCUCCCCAUCCUUGACCACGCCGCGAAGAACCACUAUGGCGUGCCGGCCAUGUGCUGCUACAACGUCGAGGGCAUCCUCGCGACGGUCCGCGCGGCCGAAGCCAAACGCUCCCCAGCCAUGAUCCUCCUCUUCCCCUGGGCCGUGCACUACGCAGACGGGAUCCUCGUGCACGCGGCCGCCGAGGCAGCACGCAGCGCCUCGGUCCCCGUCACCGUGCACAUGGACCACGCGCAGACGCCCGAGAUGAUCCGGCGGGCGGCCGACCUGGGCGGCUUCGACAGCAUCAUGGUGGACAUGUCGCACUACGAGAAGGACGAGAACCUGCGACUGACGCGGGAGCUGGUGGCGUACUGCCACGCGCGCGGGAUCGCGACCGAGGCCGAGCCCGGGCGCAUCGAGGGCGGCGAGGACGGCGUCGCCGACACCGCCGACCUCGAGGGCCUGCUGUCCACCCCGGACGAGAGCAUGGAGUUCGUGGCCACGGGCAUCGACUGGCUGGCGCCCGCGUUCGGCAACGUCCAUGGCGAGUAUGGCCCGCGCGGCAUCCGCCUCGAGUACGACCGGCUGCAGCGCAUCCGGGACCGCGUCGGGGACCGCGUCAGGCUGGUGCUGCAUGGCGCCGACCCGUUUACGACGGACAUCUUUGCCCGCUGCAUCGAGUGCGGCGUGAGCAAGGUCAAUAUCAACAAGGUGCUGAAUAACGAGUAUGUGCGGGUGCAGCGCGAGAAGGCGGGCCGCGUGCCCUUGACGGCGCUGCUGGAGGAGGCGACGGACGCGAUGCAGAAGGCUGUGGAGAGGUGUAUGGAUAUGCUGGGGUCGACGGGCCAGGCGGCCUGA